GAAAUAAACACUCGGCAUCAGAAGAGGGGAGGUGGGAAUACAGCUUUCGUGUGCGAUCCUUGAUCCUCACAUCAGUAGCAGCAGCAGCAGCAUCGCGAACAUACAGUUCAGUAGCGUAGUCACUUUCCCUCGGUACAUCGACAAUCAUCGCUCGGCACGUGUUUAGUGGUGUGCAUACUAACGCAAGUUUCAAACAGUAAGCAUGAAGGCGGACAAACCGGACACAACCCCCUGGGAUCAGUUGGAGCAGCUGGUAAAGGAAACGCGCAACUUCCUCACCGAGUACGACGACAUUGUGCUGCACAAAGAGCUCUACCGCACGCUGUUCAUGUAUCACCUGACUUAUUUACGGGAUGAGGUGAUACAGUUGAUGAAAAAAUUUACCACCUUACCGAAAGACGUCGCCGAGGAGAAGGAAAUUGACUGCUGUGGGGUAAUGUACCAUGAUAAAGAUGCCUUCAAACAACACUACGAGGCAGCUCACAAUAAGAAAGUUCUCCAGUCUGCUUCCAUGUGUGAGGUAAAACUCCUACUCACACACACGCACUUAUUGUUCGAUAGGUGUUGCAUAUAUUCUAUACUUUGCUUGUUGUCCUUUCUUUCAAUAGCUGAAAAUGUCUCUCACAAAAAUUUCAUUCUUCGAGCGACACCUGCAAGACUACAUACUGGGAGGUUCCGUUUCGAGCUGUGAACUUUUGCUGAACUUGCGGCGAAUAUUGAGACGGUUGGAUCAUACGUUAGAGUUUUAACUAUUUUAUUACACGUAUAUUGUUAAUCCUAUCGAGCACAGAUUUUUAAUUGAAUAAACAAUGAAUAUCCUCUUA